CUGCCAAAAUACACACAGAAUUUGAGGCAGCAGGGCAGAAAAUUCAGUUCACAUAGUGGACACGAUUUGUUUUUAAAUCAUGGGGAUAUCAGAUAUUUUUCUCCAGUCCUCCAGUUCUGUCGCCCUGUUGGGGGCUCUGGUGGUCCUGCUUCUCGUCUACCUCGUCUCCUCCUCCAUCUUCAGCUCCCAGGAGUACGGGAAGGAACCUCCAGGACCCAGACCGCUUCCCAUGCUCGGAAACCUGCUGCAGCUGGACCUCAAGAGACCCUACAACACAUUGCUGGAGCUUUCCAAGAAAUAUGGAUCAGUGUUCACUGUCUAUUUUGGACCCAAGAAAGUGGUGGUCCUGGCUGGAUACAAGACAGUGAAGGAGGCACUUGUCAAUCAUGCUGAAGAGUUUGGAGACAGAGAUCCAAUGCAAAUUGCGCAUGAUUCUACUCAAGGAAAUGGAGUUAUAUGGUCCAAUGGUGAUUCGUGGAAAGAGAUGAGGCGCUUUGCCUUGACAAACCUGAGAGACUUUGGGAUGGGCAAGAAGGCUUGUGAGGACAAAAUCAUUGAGGAAUGUGACUAUCUCAUUGAAGUGUUUAAGAAAUUUAAAGGAGAAGCUUUUGACACGACUCAACCAAUAAACUAUGCAGUCUCUAAUAUUAUCUGCUCCAUGGUUUAUGGCAGCAGAUUUGAAUAUGAUGAUCCAGAGUUUACAUCCCUGGUAGAUCGAACAAACAGAAAUAUUCAACUUGUGGGCUCCCCAUCAGUACAGGUGUACAACCUGUUCCCAUUGAUCGGUAAAUGGUUUGCUGACAGGAAGGAAGUCGAGAAGUUGAAUGCUGCCAAUAAGAAACAGAACUUACAGCUGUUCAGUCGUUUGAAGGAGACCCUCAAUCCGCAGAUGUGCAGAGGCUUAGUGGAUGCCUUUCUGGUCCGAAAGCAAAAUCUGGAGGAAUCUGGGAUUACAAACAGUCACUUCCACUAUGAAAACCUUACGAUGACAGUCAUGAAUCUGUUUGCUGCCGGCACUGAUACAACAGCAGCUACACUCAGAUGGGGACUUCUGCUGAUGGCCAAGUAUCCAAAGAUACAGGAUCAGGUCCAGGAGGAGCUGAGCAGGGUGAUAGGAAGUCGUCAGGUGCAGGUCGAGGACAGGAAGAACCUGCCCUUCACAGACGCGGUCAUCCAUGAGACUCAGAGACUGGCCAACAUCGCCCCCAUGGCACUUCCUCACAAAACGAGCCAAGACAUCGUCUUCCAGGGUCACUUCAUUAAGAAGGGGACCACAGUGUAUCCUCUCUUGACAUCUGUCCUGUAUGAUGAGAGUGAGUGGGAGAGGCCACACACCUUUUAUCCUGCCCACUUCCUGGACAAAGAUGGGAAGUUUGUGAAGAGAGAUGCCUUCAUGCCUUUUUCUGCAGGUCGCAGAAUUUGUCUUGGAGAAAGUCUGGCCAGGAUGGAGCUCUUCGUCUUCUUCACCACCUUCCUGCAACACUUUCGUUUCUCUCCUGCACCUGGAGUUUCAGAGGAUGAGCUGGAUCUGACUCCACGUGUGGGCCUCACCCUCAGCCCUUCAUCCCAUAAACUGUGUGCUGUUUCCUGUAUAUGAACAGGACAGCUUGAAAAUGCUGCUUUGCCCACUGUCAUGACUUCAACUCAGUUAUAUUCAAGAGAGUAGGUUCUAUAAUUUCUACAGUGUCAUAUUCCAUGUAGUGCAGCAGCACUGAAUAUAUUCAAUAUCAAUUAAUUCACUUUCCAGUUAUUACUUCAUAUCAUAAACUUGUAAAUAAAGAUAAGACCAAUCAGCUGGUGUCUGACUAUCCUGCCGUUAAACAUUGAAAAUUUAUCCAUAAUCACUCUUACUGAGCCACAUAAAUACUUUGGCUUGACAGCAGACUGACAGUCAAGAUUCAAAUUCAACAUUAAAAAUCAAACCAGGCUUUCUUCACAGAA